UAGAAAUAGAAGUGUAUGAAAUGGGGAGGCAGACAAUCCAUAUCCUUUUUUAGGAUCCUCCCUCUUCCCCCUGAACAAGAAAUCCGAAACCCACAGCCCAAAACUCACUCAUACUUCGCCCCUCUCCUUGGCUUGCCACUUUCCUCAUCUCCCGGUGGUUGGCUCUCUCCAUUCCAUUCAAUUUCGCUGAAUCUAUCUUCCUUCGGCAGCGUUUUGGCGAAUCCGUUUGUGUUCAAUGGCUAUUUGAGCGAGGGCACUGAGAGCUCUGGGGUUUCGUUCUUGGUCCCCUUUUUGCUGUUUCAAGGUGGUGCGAUGGAUUUGUCAAAGGUCAGCGAGAAGAUUCUGAGCUCCAUUAGGUGUGCCAGGUCGCUCGGCCUUCUUCCUUCUGCUUCUGAUCGCCCCGAGGUUCCCACGCAAGAUGCGGCUGCUGCAGCGGUUGCAUAUGCUAUUGCUGGACUGCCUCCACAUCAAAGGUUUAGUCUCUCUUCAAGCUCUGAAGAAUUGAGCUCAAUAUAUGGAAGCAGACAUCAUGGUCAAAAAGUGGAGGAGAUAGAGGAAGAAUUCUAUGAAGAGUUGCUACUAAUCUUCUAAUCCUCUUGAUGCAACGAGUCGAAGGGGAGCCGCGAGUUCACCGAAGCUUUCAAAUUUUGCCGACUCACUCAUUGUAAUCUCUGGAGGUCGCACUUGGUGCGAUGGCAAGUGCCUUCGCCCAUGAGCGGUAGGUCUCGGGUUCGAGACUUGGGAGCAGCCUCUCCAUAAAUGGGGGUAAGGCUAGUCGACAUUUACCUCUCCCAGACCCUGGGUAAAGCGGGAGCCUUGUGCACUGGGAUUGGCAUGUGGUUUUUCAAGCUUUUGCAACCACUUCGGGUCUGGCAAAGCUUGCAAGGAGGGUCUUUAGCUUGUACGAGGGGCUGUUCCCAGUUCCAGGUGGGGCCGCGAAUACGACUGGCCUUAAAGUUGCUACUUCUUCAAGUUAGCAAAUUGUGUCCUACAUGGCACAAUGUAAUUUAUUUUUUAUCGACAUGACAUUGCCACAUCAGCAAAAUUAUGUGUCUCACAUUUGUCACAUCAUCACUUAACAGCCAAGUCGAUAGAUUGGCUAACGGAGAUCUAAAACUAAAACAAAUUUGUAAAUUAAUGUAUGACAUUAAAAUGUUCAAAAAAUGAGGUAUGCGUUCGUUAUAUGGCUUUAA